AUGAGCUCACCAACCCCUCCGCAGCCUACGCGCAUUAAGAUACUGGGGAAUGAAAAUAUUGUUGUUGAUUUCGACAUCUGGCGCACAUUUGUGGUGCAAGAUCUCCUCACGAACCUCCCAUCCUCGACCUAUGUUCUGAUUACAGACACGAACUUAUCCCCUCUGUAUGUGCCAGAAUUCGCUCAACAAUUCGCCAAUGCGGCGAGCGCAUUGGAUGCGUCCCCACGUCUCCUCACCUACGAGAUCCCUCCUGGCGAACACUCCAAAGGCCGGGAGACCAAGGCGGAAAUCGAGGAUUGGAUGCUCUCGCAGCAAUGUACCAGAGACACUGUGAUAAUUGCCCUGGGGGGAGGCGUCAUUGGGGAUAUGAUUGGAUACGUUGCGGCGACGUUUAUGAGGGGUGUACGAUUUGUACAAGUUCCCACAACCCUGUUGGCGAUGGUAGAUUCAUCAAUUGGGGGGAAGACCGCAAUCGAUACGCCAAUGGGAAAGAACCUAAUCGGUGCUUUCUGGCAGCCGCAGAGGAUAUACAUCGAUUUGCGGUUUCUCGAGACAUUGCCUACGCGCGAAUUCAUCAAUGGCAUGGCAGAAGUGAUCAAGACUGCGGCAAUCUGGGAUGAGACCGAAUUUGCUGCCUUGGAGGGAAAUGCCGACCUAAUUAUGACCACAAUUCGUGCAAAACCUUCUACCCAGUCGGCCAGACUUGAUCCUAUCCGAGAGAUUCUGAAAAGGAUUGUCUUGGGAUCAGCACGCAUUAAGGCCGGGGUGGUGUCCGCAGAUGAACGAGAAGGGGGUUUAAGGAACCUCUUGAACUUCGGUCAUUCCAUUGGCCACGCAUACGAAGCGAUCUUGACACCACAGGUUUUGCACGGCGAAGCUGUGGCAAUAGGGAUGGUGAAGGAAGCAGAACUCGCUCGUCACCUUGGGGUGCUAAAACCUGGCGCGGUCGCACGUCUCGUGAAGUGCAUUGCUAGCUAUGGACUUCCCACUUCACUCCAAGACAAGCGCAUCCAGAAACUUACCGCCGGGAAACGCUGUCCGGUUGAUGUAUUGCUACAGAAGAUGGGCGUCGAUAAGAAGAACGAUGGAAAGAAGAAGAAGAUUGUCCUUCUCUCUGCGAUUGGGAAGACGUACGAGCAGAAAGCUAGUGUUGUUGAUGACCGUGCGAUUAGAAUUGUGCUCUCGGAUUCAAUUGUCAUGGAACCAGGUGUCCCGCCAUCCCUGAAUAUUGAGGUCAUCCCCCCAGGAUCUAAGAGUGUUUCCAAUCGUGCCCUUGUGCUGGCAGCGCUCGGAACCGGCCCAUGCCGUAUCAAGAAUUUACUUCACUCGGAUGAUACCGAGUACAUGCUUACUGCAAUUGAACGACUGGGAGGUGCUACAUAUACCUGGGAGGAUGCUGGCGAGGUGUUGCUAGUCCAAGGGAAAGGGGGUGACCUUCGAGCAAGCCCCUCAGAGAUCUAUAUUGGCAAUGCCGGGACAGCAUCGCGAUUCUUGACUACUGUCGUGUCUCUGUGCAAACCUUCCACCGUCUCCUCGACGGUCCUCACGGGAAAUUCUCGCAUGAAGGUGAGACCCAUAGGGCCACUGGUCGAUUCUCUUCGCGCUAAUGGCGUCGGGAUAAAAUACCUGGAGAAGGAGCACAGCCUUCCGCUCAGCGUCGAUGCUUCUGGGGGGUUUGAGGGCGGUGAUAUUGAGCUUGCUGCUACUGUAUCGUCGCAGUAUGUGUCAUCCAUUCUUAUGUGUGCUCCAUAUGCCAAGAAGCCCGUGACUCUCCGCCUCGUGGGUGGGAAGCCAAUCUCCCAGCCAUAUAUUGAUAUGACCUCAGCUAUGAUGGCAACCUUUGGCAUUCAUGUCAUUCGAUCUAAGACGGAGGACCACACUUAUCAUAUACCCCAGGGUGUGUAUAAAAACCCUCCAGAGUAUGUUGUUGAGAGCGACGCCAGCUCCGCAACCUACCCUCUAGCUGUAGCGGCUAUCUCGGGAACCACCUGCACUGUACCGAACAUAGGGUCCAAGUCGUUGCAGGGAGAUGCCCGUUUUGCUAUUGAGGUUCUACGGCCAAUGGGUUGUACGGUGGUCCAGACGGAUCGGUCAACGACAGUCACUGGGCCUCCUCCUGGGCAGCUGAAGGGUAUUGAUGAGGUUGACAUGGAGCCUAUGACAGAUGCGUUCUUGACCGCGUCGGUUCUUGCUGCUGUUGCAAGGGGUACUACAAGGAUCAGAGGCAUCGCUAACCAGCGGGUCAAAGAAUGCAAUCGUAUAAAGGCAAUGAAGGACCAGCUCGCAAAAUUCGGUGUUCAGUGCCGCGAACUUGAAGACGGCAUUGAGGUUGAUGGCAAACCUCACACUGCACUCGAUACUCCUGUUAAUGGUGUCUACUGUUACGAUGAUCACCGUGUAGCAAUGAGCUUCAGCGUCCUUGCUGUCACAGCUCCGAAGCCAGUAGAAAUUACGGAACGAGAAUGUGUCGGAAAGACCUGGCCUGGAUGGUGGGAUAUUUUAUCGUUGUCAUUCCAAGCUCGUCUCUCUGGGAAAGAAGCUGAGGUCACGCAUACAAAGAGCUCAAGUUCGUCGGCCCUAUCCGACAAAUCCAUUUUUAUUAUUGGUAUGCGUGGUGCUGGGAAGACUACUGCAGGUGGUUGGGCUGCCAACAUCCUCAACCGGCCUCACAUAGAUCUAGACAUUGAGCUUGAACGAAUUGCUGGUAUGACUAUCCCGGAGUUGAUCAAGUCCAAAGGCUGGGAGGGGUUUAGAGACGCAGAGUUAGCUCUCCUGAAAAGUGUUAUCAAGGAGAAACCGAAGGGCUACGUUUUUGCUUGCGGAGGCGGCGUCGUGGAAAUGCCAGAGGCUCGGAAGCUCCUCUCUAGUUACCACAAGUCUGGCGGCAUCGUACUUUUGGUGCAUCGGGAUACAGAACGUGUGAUGCAAUACCUCCAAAUCGACAAGACUCGCCCCGCUUAUGUAGAAGACAUGAUGGGUGUGUAUCUCCGCCGGAAGCCAUGGUUUCAAGAGUGCAGCAACUUCCAGUAUCACAGCAAAAGUGAAGAUGCCGGUGCUUUGUCGAUUGCACGACAGGACUUUGCGAGGUUCCUGUCGCUCAUCUCCGGCGAGAGCACGCACUUUGAGGAGAUCCGGAAGAAGGAGCAUUCGUUCUUCGUAUCUCUGACAUUGCCAGAGAUCUCCACUGCGGCUGAUGUUCUGCCCAUUGUUGCAGUUGGAUCAGAUGCUGUGGAAGUCCGGGUUGACCUACUAGAAGACCCAAACUCGAGCAACGGAGUUCCAACCAUUGAUUUCUUGGGUGUUCAAAUAGCACAUCUGAGAUCAAUUGUUCCACUGCCCAUAAUAUUCACAGUGCGGACUCGCAGCCAAGGGGGUCGAUUCCCAGAUAACGCGGAGGAGGAAGCGCUCAAGCUCUAUAAAGCCGCCGUGAGGAUGGGUAUCGAGUACAUAGAUCUCGAGAUCGCGUUCUCCGACGAGCUGUUGGAAACCGUUACUAGUGCAAAAGGAUUCUCUAAAAUCAUCGCAUCACAUCACGAUCCCCAAGGGCGACUUUCUUGGAAGAAUGGCGGCUGGAUGCAGUAUUACAACAGGGCGCUUCAAUACGGCGACAUCAUCAAGCUUGUUGGGUCUGCUAAGAAGAUGGAGGAUAACUUUGCGCUUGCACAAUUUAAGACCAACAUGGCCAAGGCACAUGAUGUUCCCAUGAUUGCCAUCAACAUGGGCGUUCAUGGCAAACUGAGCCGCGUCUUGAAUGGUUUCAUGACCCCGGUCUCCCAUCCCGCCUUGCCCUUCAAAGCAGCUCCAGGUCAACUCUCCGCAACCGAAAUCCGCCAAGGCCUGUCCCUCAUGGGUGAGAUUGAGCCAAAGCUAUUCUAUCUAUUUGGAACGCCCAUUGAGGCAUCUCGGUCUCCCGCUUUACACAACACGCUGUUCAGACAAAAUGGUCUACCGCACGAGUACUUACGCUUUGAGACCGACGAUGCGGACAAGCUAAAAGAAAUCAUCCGAUCUCCAGAUUUCGGGGGAGCUUCUGUUACAAUUCCGCUCAAGUUGGAUGUCAUCCCUCUCCUGGAUGACAUUACCCAAGCUGCUAUCGUUAUCGGAGCUGUUAACACCAUCAUCCCAGUGCCCAGUGAAUCCGGUGGCCCGCCACAGCUGGUUGGAGACAACACGGACUGGCUCGGAAUGACACAUUCGCUGGUUUCCAGUGCCUACGCAACGGUGUCCUCGGGUCCUCCAGGAAGCGCCUUGGUCAUCGGUUCCGGUGGCACUUCUCGAGCAGCCAUCUACGCACUCCGAUCCUUGGGCCACAGCCCGAUAUACAUUGUAUCCCGGACGCCGUCAAAGCUCGCUGCAAUGAUCUCUUCCUUCCCCGUUGAAUUCAGCAUCAUCCCGUUGAGCGAUGUCGCCGAGGUGGAUGAUCUCCCCGAGAUCCCUCGCGUUGCCGUCGGGACCAUACCGGCUGAUAAACCAAUCGAGUCGAAUGUUCGUGAGAUCCUCGCCAAGAUCCUCCGACAUCCUAAAGCGGAUACUACGCGCCAGAGGACGCUGCUGGAAAUGGCAUACAAGCCAAGCCAGACGGCGCUGAUGCAGAUGGCAAAUGAUGCUGGCUGGGUCACGAUCCCGGGUCUGGAGGUGCUCAGUGCGCAAGGAUGGUAUCAGUUCCAAAAGUGGAGUGGUAUCAAGCCGUUGUACGAGGAUGCGCGAACAGCUGUAAUUGGUGACGAGGACAAUUAA